AUCAAAUACUAGUCGACGAUGAGACUCAUUACGUGUAUAUUCGCGCUGUACUUCGUUUCUAGCGCAUUUGCGCAAGAAUCUUGCAAAACUCCAAACGGUGAAACAGCCAAAUGCGUUUCAAUCUUUGCCUGUCCGAUUCUGUACGAGUCAGGAAGAAGCGGAGGACCAGAAGCUUACCGCUUCCUGCAACAAUCGGUAUGCAAGAAAUCGUUCUACAACAUCUACGUGUGCUGCGGCUCGGACACCAUCUUCAAACCACAAGAAAUAGUAUCGAAGACUCCUGAUAUGUUAGCGGAUGCACCGAGGAAUAAUUACAUAGCCAAGAGAAGCGAAUGCGGAUACAUGAAUCCCGAUUUCAGAAUAUACGGUGGCAACAAAACGGGUUUGGAUGAGUUUCCGUGGAUGGCUUUGCUGGAAUACCAGAGUUUGAAGGACGGGGAGCGCAGUUUUAGGUGCGGCGGAAGUAUCAUCGGAAGGAGACAUAUCCUGACGGCCGCCCACUGCGUGACAGGAGUGGCCAGCAGAUAUUACAGACUUGUGAACAUCCGAUUAGGCGAAUGGAACACUUCUUCUACGAGCGAUUGCGUCAACAUUGGGAAGAAAAAGGAAUGCAGUGAUCCUGUUCUUAAUAUGGGAUUCGAGAGGAUAACACCAUUUGCCGGAUACGAGGACGGCUCAAGAUAUAACGACAUCGCGCUCAUCCGUCUGGACAGAGACAUCAAAUAUUCAAAAUUCGUGAGUCCGAUUUGUUUGCCGAUGGAAGAGAAGCAAGUGGUGAAACCGAACGCGAAAAUGAUCGUCGCCGGAUGGGGACAGACUGAGAACGGCACGAACAGCGAGGUGAAGCUCCGAGUACAAGUUCCCAUCGUCAAUUAUCGGGACUGCGCCAGGAAAUUCGGAAGAUCAUUGAAAGUCACUGAUAAUCAAAUUUGUGCCGGUGGUCAAAAGAAUAAAGAUUCUUGUACCGGCGACAGUGGUGGACCUUUGAUGUUGAGAAAUUCUGAGACUGAUCAAUGGUUGACUGAAGGUAUAGUUUCGUUGGGAAAAGGAUGCGGAGAGGAAGGUUGGCCAGCUGUGUACACGAAGGUGCGUCCGUUCGUCAAGUGGAUCAAGAAGCACGCUUAUUGAAAUAGCUUAAUUCAUUGUUUUCUAGAAUACUUAUUUAUUUAUUGUUCAUUCAAUACCUGUUGCCGAUGCUGUUCUUAACUUUACACUUACGUUACCAAAAUGGUAACAAAGGCUGUUAUUAGAUAUACCAAAAUCUUCGAAUUACGCACCACUAAUUUUAUUAUAUAUUUAGCAAUUUAUUACAUGC